AAAACCCCUUCACCAUAAACCCUAACAAAAUUAACAUUUGCCAAAACCCCUAAAAACAAAGAAAUGGCCUUCAGUUCAAUUUUCCGCAGAUCCGCACUGCCUCUCGCCCGCUCAGUGCGUGCUCGCAGUAGAACCUUUCACAGCGCUACCUCCGCCGUAGUCGGCGGUGUCGAAAAGCAGAGUCUCGGCGGUCACCACUUUGUCGUACGCCCACACUUUAUUAUUCCAUUCUCGCGAUUCUCUACUGCCUCGUCAUCGAAACCGAGCGCUGAUGCCAGUCUGCUCGGAGUCCUCCAGUCCGAAAUUGACUGCGCCGAGGAACCUAAAAAUGCAGAUGAGAUUAUUCCUGAAGGAUUUUCUUUUGAAAUCCAAGAUAAUCCUGGAGAGAGAACAAUUUUAUUAGAAAGAAAUUACAAGGAUGAGAUCAUCAAAGUUGAAGUUGAUUUACCUAGUAAUCCUGAUGACGAAGCUGAGGACGACAAUGAUGACCAGGAUAAAGAGGAGUCAACUGUUCCAGUUUGCAUUCCGAUGAUUGUAAGUAUUUCUAAAGGAAAUGGCCAGUGUCUUGAGUUUGGCAUCACUGCGUACGCAGAUGAGAUCACAAUCGAUACCCUGUCGAUUAAGAAUCCUGAGUCUUCUGAAGACCAACUUGCAUACGAAGGGCCUGAUUUUGGGGAUUUGGAUGAAAAUUUGCAGAAGGCUUUCCACAAAUAUCUUGAGAUUAGAGGGAUUAAACCGAGCACGACAAACUUUCUAUUUGAUUACAUGAGAAACAAGGACGAGAAAGAAUACGUGCAAUGGCUGGUGAAUAUCAAGAAUUUUGUGGAGAAGUAACUCCGAAACCUGCUCAUGCAAUAAUGUUUCAUAGGAGGGUAUGUGGCCAUGUUUCUAUAAUGGGUAAGGGCAUCUGCCCAUUUUAGCUUUUUGUUCUGAUUUGUUUAGAAUUUCAGAGAGGGAAAUACUUGAAUUGAUGAACUUGAUGAAUCAUAAAGGUACCAAUUUAUGUUAUACAGACUCUUCCAUGAGUGAUGAAAUGGAUUGUUAAUCCAAUUUUGAAUGAGUAAAUGCAGUUCAAAUACAGAUUGUUUUUCCUUA